AUGAGUAAAGGUCCAGCGGUUGGGAUUGAUUUGGGUACGACGUAUUCCUGUGUUGGAAUCUUUCAGCAUGGAAAAGUCGAAAUUAUCGCAAAUGAUCAAGGUAACAGAACAACACCAAGCUAUGUAGCUUUCAAUGACUCUGAGCGUCUCAUUGGUGAUGCCGCCAAAAAUCAAGUAGCAAUGAACCCUACAAAUACUGUCUUUGAUGCCAAACGUUUAAUUGGACGUAAAUUUAAAGAUGGCCCUGUCCAAUCCGACAUGAAGCUGUGGCCCUUCAAUGUCAUUGAUGAGGGCACUCGACCAAAAAUUUCUGUUGAAUAUAAAGGUGAAACGAAAACUUUUUACCCGGAGGAAAUAUCCUCCAUGGUAUUGAAUAAAAUGAAAGAUACUGCUGAAGCGUAUCUCGGUAAAAGCGUCACUGAUGCUGUUGUUACGGUACCUGCCUACUUUAACGAUUCUCAACGACAAGCUACUAAAGAUGCUGGCACCAUCGCUGGUUUGAAUGUUAUGCGUAUUAUUAAUGAACCUACAGCAGCUGCUAUUGCCUACGGUUUAGAUAAGAAAGUUGGAGGAGAACGAAACGUUCUUAUCUUCGAUCUUGGUGGUGGCACUUUUGAUGUAUCCAUUUUAACAAUUGAAGAUGGUAUCUUUGAGGUAAAAUCGACAGCUGGAGACACUCAUCUUGGUGGUGAAGAUUUUGAUAAUAAUAUGGUCAACUUCUUUAUGGGCGAAUUUAAACGCAAGUAUAAGAAGGAUAUAAGCGGAAACAAGCGCUCUGUCCGUCGUCUAAGAACAGCUUGUGAAAGAGCAAAGAGAACAUUGUCUUCAGUCACUCAAGCCAGUAUUGAAAUUGAUUCGCUAUUUGAGGGUAUCGAUUUCUACACUAGUAUUACAAGAGCUCGUUUUGAAGAAUUAAAUGGCGAUCUUUUCCGAAGCACUACGCAACCUGUAGAGAAGGCGAUACGCGAUGCUAAAAUGGAUAAAUCAUCAAUCCAUGAUAUCGUUCUUGUAGGUGGUUCUACACGUAUCCCCAAGAUCCAAAAGUUGUUGCAAGAUUUCUUUAACGGCAAAGAACUAAAUAAAUCCAUCAAUCCUGAUGAAGCCGUUGCAUACGGCGCUGCAGUUCAAGCGGCUAUAUUAAGUGGUGACAAGAGUGAAGAUGUCCAAGAUCUGUUAUUACUUGAUGUUGCUCCCUUGUCACUCGGUAUCGAAACGGCCGGUGGCGUGAUGACGGCUUUAAUUAAGCGUAAUACUACUAUUCCUACCAAGCAGACUCAAACUUUUACCACUUACGCUGAUAAUCAGCCAGGUGUCUUGAUUCAGGUGUAUGAAGGGGAACGUGCAAUGACAAAGGAUAAUAAUUCACUCGGAAAAUUCGAGUUAAGUGGCAUCCCUCCAGCUCCACGAGGUGUACCUCAAAUUGAAGUUACAUUCGACAUUGAUGCAAAUGGUAUAUUGAACGUUUCAGCUGUUGAAAAGAGUACAGGUAAAGAAAACAAAAUCACGAUUACUAACGAUAAAGGCCGAUUAUCUAAAGACGAUAUCGAACGCAUGGUGAACGAAGCGGAACAAUACAAAGCUGAGGAUGAUAAACAACGCGAUAAAAUUUCUUCAAAGAAUAGUUUGGAGAGCUAUGCUUACAAUAUGAAGAGCACAGUUGAAGACGAUAAAGUUAAAGAUAAAAUUAGUGACGAUGACAAGAAAGUCAUUUUGGAUAAAUGCACGGAAGCUUUGGAUUGGUUGGAUAAGAAUCAAACUGCCGAAAAAGACGAAUUUGAAUAUCAACAGAAAGAGCUUGAAAAAGUUUGUGCGCCUAUCAUUACAAAACUGUAUCAAGCUGCUGGUGGUGCGCCCGGUGGUAUGCCUGGUGGUAUGCCUGGUGGUAUGCCUGGUGGUAUGCCCGGUGGUAUGCCCGGCGGUGGUGCUCCACCAAGCGGUGGCUCUGGUAGUGGGGGUCCAACAAUUGAAGAAGUAGAUUAAAAUUUGUAAAGUAAAAUUCAAGCCUUACGUAGAUUAAUAUCAAUAAAAAUUUAUUAAAUGUUUGAAUAAAAGUUUUAUUGC